UCUCUCCUCUAGCUAGUGUAAUCCGUAGUAAACAGAGAGCUCUUGUCAGACAAGUACCCCUCCGCCAGCGCUCACUCGGCACCCAAGUACUAAACUGGAUGGAGUUUGGAAGGCGGUACACACUGGAAAAUGUUUUGGACUGGAGCUACGGAGGUGUCGAUGGCUCGAUUCCAGGCAAUGGUGGGCCAGACUGCGCAAAUUUCCUUACAAUUCAUCGUAGGCUAUUUGAAACCCUCUUAGGGAUUGCAAUACCAAUAGUAUACUUCUUCUGGGGUUAUUCAUAUAUAACAUAUCCCUCCUCAUAUAAGUUUGUUAGAAAGGACCGAGGGGGCAAGAGAGCUCUCCUGGUGCUGGUUUCCAUGGUCUUUGGAAUGGAAAUUGGUUUCAAGUUUGCAACGAAACAGCUUAUUUAUCUGUUGAACCCAUGUCAUGUAACCACUGCUAUACAGAUUUAUCUUCUAGCUGCUCCACCUAGCAAGUUUGUAACUACAGUAUUUCGAGUUCAUCUCAACUUCCUUAAUGGGGCUGUUCUUGCUAUACUAUUUCCAGUCACCAACUCUCGCCUGCUCCCGUUUGAGGUGGAGUUGUACUGGGUGCAACACUUAAUGAUGCUAGUCACACCAUACUAUCUACUGCGGCUUGGGGGUGUGUACACAGUGGAGAGCCCUUGGGACAUGAGCUGGACUGUGAUGUCUUUAGGGAUUCUGCUGAUCUAUCACUUUUUGCCUCUGCAGAUCAUAGCCAUGGCUUCUCAGGUAAACUUGAAUAACAUGCUCUGCCCAGCCAUCAGCGAUCCUUUCUAUGGGCCAAACUACCGUCUGGCAGCCAUGGUCCACCAGUCCAUAUGUGUGCCUUUAGUCAGCAAGACUUUCUGCAUUGUGGCCAACUUCUUCAUUACGAAGUUCCCUCCCACAAAGGUGAAGGACAACCUGGAAACAGACGUAACCAUGAGCACCUACGACCAGCACGUUUUGAGCCAAGAAGCCGAGAGCAAGCAGCACAAGAACUCUAAUGACCAGAAUGGGUUGAAGCACCACCUGUCCAUACACAGAAGGACUCGUAGCGAAGCAGUCACUGUGACCAACUGGAAUGGACACAGUCAUCAAGAUUAGGAUGAUAGGAGUCUUCUCAGUAGUCAAGUUUGCAUGAAGUUGAUACUCAGGUCUUACCCAUUGUACUAGAAGACCUUGUCUUGCAGUCUGAUUUUAGUUGGUAAACAGAGAACAGAACAGGAGCAGUGUAAUUUGUGUCAAUUUUGGUGGUUGAUUAUCUAAAGUUUCAGGCUUUAUAUUCAAGAAUGCAGUGCAGUUGUUUAUAUUUAUUUGUAUUUACAACAUCCAAUUGCUAUGUUUAGCAUUGAUGUUGAUGCAAUUAACUGUCAAGUGACUUACUCUAGAUUGUGCUCAAUUUAGGUGAAUGACUGUUCAUAUCAGGAGAGAGUGUAAUGAGAAAAAUAUAUAUAAUAUAAAAACUUGGAUCUGAAUGUUGUAUGUUAGUAUAUUUGUGUAUGUUUUACUCAGGAUUUUUUUUCUUUUUUUUAAGGCAGAAAGCUUCUUAAUAUAUAGUUCUCCUUUGUGGAGAUUUCUAAAAGUAGAAUUUGUUUUCACAUCAUCCUCUUCUCACUCCCUGUCUUUUAUGCUGUUUUAUCACCUACUUGUUUAUUCUUUUUUUUAACCCAUUUCAUUUUAUACUGUCAACCAAAAUGUAAAGCAAUGCAAGACAAAGAGGACUUUCUUAGUGACUUAUGAUGACUAUGUCACUUAUUUGGUAUUAUUAAUGUUAAAGGGUUUGCUAAUGUAGUGUCUGGGUUUUAUUGCUAUUUUCUGGUAGGCAUACUUUCUAGUUUUGCCCUUUUGAAUUGGAAUUUCUCAGGUGAAGUAAACUGAGGUAUGUGACUGAAUGAUAAAGUGGCAGAGAACUGUACAGGAAACAGUGUCCUUCCUAUGUCAUAUCUUACCGUUUCUCUCUCCCUGCCAUUCCAAUUUUCCUCUCUCCUGUUUCUGGUAUUUCGAAAAUCAAAAUUAAAUGCAUCAAAAAUGUGGAGAAGAAAGUUAGGUAAUUUAAAAUCUGAUAGGUAACGGAUCUCCAUCUGUUCUGAAUGAUUAUUUUGUUAUUUUAAACUACCUAUUUUUACAGUUUUCAAGAGUUGAAGAGGCCAAGUUAAGCAUGAAUAACUCUUAUUGGUUUUAUGUAAGAUAUUUUAGGAAAAUGUAUGAAAGGUAAAGAAAAUCGCUUUUUUUUGUUGUUCUUGAAAAGGAAUACAAUGUUUAGAUGAUAAAUGGUCAUGGAAACAGGAGCAAAAACAUAUAUAAGGGACCAUAGCAUUGUGGAAUGCAAUUGAGUGUUGUUAUUUUGGGAAGAAAUGAUAAUGAGGAGAAAGUAAUAUAGUUUUGCCAUUUCCUACCUCUUUUAGAAAUAUGCCAAUGUGAAAAGUGAAAAGAUAAAUGAGUAUGGUUAAGUAACAUUUAUUUUAUAUACUUAAAGAAAUUGAGAAAUUAUUUAA